CGGAUCCCAGAGUGCUCCAAAGUCUCAAGCUUCCGCAAAAUGCCCGCAAUUCCCCGCCAGAAAGCCUGCAUUGCCUGUGCAGAUUCCAAGCGCCGGUGCGACAAGCAGCUUCCCGGGUGCCAGCGGUGUUUGGACAGGGACGUGGACUGCGUUUAUCCGCAGCCCAAGAGACGGCGAAGAGACCGUGCUGGGCGCAACAGCCAGGUUGAAGGAUUUUCCGCCCUCCAAAACUAUGCUGGCGAUGAUGCUGUGGGGAGCAGUCUUGAUCUUGGGGACUGGGGCGAAUUGGGAGCCGCCGACCUCGAUAUUCCACUAUCAGACGUGAUAAUCCCUUACACUGCAACACCAUGGGAGACUGUCGGCAGUCUGUCAGCCCAGGGCGUUGGACUUGAGAGCCCCAAUAUCUCCAGCACACCAUGCCCCUGGUUUCUUCAAAAUGAGACCUGGGUCAUGCGGCACUGUAACGAAGAACCAGCUUGCACGACCGACAUCAGGCUGGACCCUUUCAUCCGCACCGUAGAAGAGAUGCUGCAGCAUUGGGUUAGUCACGGCUAUAACAGCUUCAUUCAUCGGCGGCUGUAUGAGAAGGGCAUGCCUACAUGCCUUCAGGAUGCCUUCACAACGCUCGCGGCAUACAAUGGUCGGACCCCAGCGGUGACGGAGACAAUACUGCAGAUCGCCGAGGAACGUUCGUCCGCUCUUGUCCGCCAGAGCCCUCCAACUGCGGCCGGAGCGCAAGGCAUACGCGCCCACCUGGCACGUGUUCAGGCUCUGUUUGUCUACGAGUUUAUACAGCUGUUUGAUGGGUCGGUGCGUGUGCGCGCAUCCGCCGAGCAACAGCUUCCAACGCUUCGGCGGUGGGUGACUCAGAUGUGGGAGGCAGUGAGACAAUACCGAGGGGAAGACCGCUCCCUGGGCCACUAUCCACCGCAAUGGACUAUAACGGAGUUUGAUAUGGAAUAUGACACAGCGUCGGAGAUGUGGCAGCUAUGGCUUUUGACCGAAAGCGUGCGGCGCUCCCACAUCAUCAUCAACACUAUCACUAACGUUUAUCAAACCAUGACUAAAGGAUGGGCCGAUUGCGCAGGAGCCGUCAUGUUUACUGCACGCCGUGGCUUAUGGGAAGCUGAAUCUGCAGUGAAAUGGUUCGGGCUAUGUUGUGCAAGCCCCCCGCUUCUGGUACCGUCUCUGCAGCCUGGACCUUUGAUCUCGCAGUAUGCAGCCGAGGAAUUCGACGAUUUCGCAAAGAUGUUCUGGACAUUCAUAGUUGGCACAGACAAGAUCCAAUGUUGGAUUGACAGGAGCAACAAGCCAAGCAGUACAUAGCCAGCCUGAGGAUUCUUGCUAAUAUCCGGGCUCUAUGGCAAUGAUAUCGUACCCCAGCUUCAUAUCAUGGUUCUGCGAUGUCGAUAUCUGGCCGGCCUGAUAGGCCUGAGGAGUCAAAUGUUCCUGAAAUCCGAGGCGAAGGCUUAUCUUACUGACAUAGCGGACAACAUGCGGUCAAAUUGCGGGAAUGCUGCGGAAGUACCAUUCUGAGCCCACGCACCUUGACUCGGAAAAGUAAUUUGCAUCACUGCUCGAUCUUUUUGAUGAUUUCAAAGCAAUCUGAAAAUUGCUGAAAGGAGGCAUCAUACUCCGCAAACCUUCCGCAGAUCGAGAUGCUGUCUGUACGUAUAUAGUAGACCAAAUGUCGCCCAACCUUACCAAAC